CCUCCCUCAUUGGCCAGGUCCGCGUCCAAGCCGGCCCAACUGCCGUGCAAAAGCUUAGGUAACCGCCCAGGGCACCUCCCCAGCGCUAUCCAGCACGGCAACCCCCGCUAUAACCGCCUGCCACUACAGCGACCGUGCCUCACAUGCCACCCAGGUCGUCGUUCGCGGUGACAUCGCUAAAGGCCAGCAAACAGCAACAUGCCCUCGGACGAUUACGCCGUCAUCGGAGGCGGCGGUGCCCUGCGCAUAAAGGGCGCCAAGGUACAAAAGAAGAAGAAGAAGAAGGACAAGUCCGACCUGGAGAAGAACCUCGCGGGCGCAGGCGGCGAAGACGGCGACAAGGCCGCGCUCGUGAAGAGCAGCAGCAAGGCCGAGAAGACGCACAAGGACAAACGUCGCGACGACGACGACGACGACAAGCACGAGCGCCAACAGGAAAAGGACGGUCGCAGCGAGGAGGAGGAGGAGGAGGAGGAUGUGCCCGCGCCGCAAAAGACGGAGGCUGAGCGGCGGUACGAAGAGGUCAAGAAGAAGAGGCUACUCGAAAUGACGCGAGCCUCAGGCGCACGACCGGAGCUUCUGAAAACGCACAAGGAGCGCGUCGAGGAGCUCAACACGUACCUAUCCAAACUUAGUGAGCAUCACGACAUGCCCAAGAUUGGACCCGGCUAGAUGUUCUCCUUGCC